AUGAAGGUUCUCGCUAUCUUGUACAGUGGCUUCAAGGCUGCUAAGGCCGAGCCUCGUCUGCUGGGUACCGUCGAGAAUGAGCUCGGUCUCCGUUCCUAUCUCGAAGGGCUUGGUCACACCUAUGUCGUCUCCAGCGACAAGAAUGGGCCGAACUCUGACUUCGAGAAGCACUUGAAGGACGCCGACAUCCUUAUCACGACGCCUUUCCAUCCGGGAUAUGUAACUCGUGAGCUCAUGGAACAGGCGAAGAACCUCAAGCUCUGCGUUACUGCCGGUGUCGGUUCUGACCACGUCGACAUCAACGCCGCGGUGGACCACAAAGUGCAGGUUUUGGAGGUCACCGGGUCGAACGUCACAUCUGUGGCAGAACAUGUCGUUAUGCUCAUGCUGAACCUGGUUCGCAACUUUACGCCGGCGCAUGAGAUGAUCGAGCGAGGCGACUGGGAUGUCAGCGAGGUAGCGCGCAACGCUUUUGAUCUUGAGGGCAAGACUAUCGGCACGAUUGGCGCGGGUCGUAUCGGUUUCCACGUUCUCAAGCGUCUCGUGCCUUUCGCACCCAAAGAGCUUCUUUACUACGACUACGCCGGUCUUUCGCCUGAGCGUGAGAAGGAGGUCUCCGCGCGCAAGGUCGACAGUCUUGAGGAGAUGGUCUCCGAGUGCGACGUAGUGACUGUCAACGCACCAUUACACCAUGGCACCCGUGGUUUGGUCAACAAGGACCUACUCAAACACUUUAAGAAAGGUGCAUGGCUAGUUAACACUGCUCGCGGCGCGAUCUGCCAAGCCGAGGACAUCGCCGAGGCACUCAAGUCUGGCCAACUCAACGGUUACGCUGGUGACGUCUGGAACGUACAGCCGGCACCCAAGGAUCACCCAUGGAGGACUAUGAAAAACCCCUUGGGCGGUGGCAACGGAAUGACGCCGCAUUACUCUGGCACGACACUCGACGCUCAGGCUCGCUAUGCGGCCGGGACGAAGACUAUCCUCGACAACUUCUUCAAUAACAAGCCACAGAACCCUGCGGAUGUCAUCGUCGGUGUUGGCAAGAUUGAGAGUGCUGCGUACGGUCAGCGUUGA